AUGGGGACUAUUAUUUUUACGUUUUUUCUUUGCUUUGUUAGCCAAAUGUCGGUGUAUUAUCUCAUGCCAUCAACAGUUGCUGCUCUUUCUUUGAGUUCAGAGACUGAUAAGCUUGCUUUGCUUGCUUUGAAAGAAAAACUUACAAAUGGUGUUCCCGAAUCUCUCCCAUCAUGGAAUGAGUCUCUACAUUUCUGUGAAUGGCAGGGGGUUACAUGUGGCCGUCGUCACAUGAGAGUCUCUAGCUUGCAGUUGGCGAAUCAAACAUGGGGUGGUAUUCUUGGUCCAUCCUUGGGAAAUCUAACAUUUUUGAAAAUACUGAUGCUUAGAAACCUGGCGUUGCACGGUGAAAUUCCAGCUCAAAUUGGUCGUUUGAAGCGAUUGCAAGAUCUUAUCUUAAGCAACAACAAGCUUGAAGGAGAAAUUCCUAUAGAGCUCUCAAACUGCACAAAUCUACGAGUAAUUGAAUUGUAUCACAAUCAACUCAUUGGAAGAGUCCCUUCAUGGUUUGGAUCGAUGCAACUUACUUCGUUGAACCUUGGUUUCAAUAAUCUAGUUGGCACUAUUCCACCUUCCUUGGGAAAUAUUUCAUCACUCUCGGGUCUAUCACUUUCAUCGAAUCACUUGGCCGGAAACAUACCCCAUGCUUUGGGUAAGUUGUCAGGUUUGAAAAUGUUGACUCUAGAUUUAAAUAAUUUGUCAGGUGAAAUUCCUCAUUCUCUUUACAAUCUAUCAAAUAUUCAAUCAUUUAUUCUUGUGGAUAACAAGUUAUUUGGUAGUCUUCCAUCAAAUCUGAAUCUUGCUUUUCCCAAUCUUCGAGGGUUUUUGGUUAUCUAA